AUGGCCCUAAACAGCGUGUCCCUGUCCGCCGGUGAUCAGAGAAGCAGGGUAGCCUACCGCUUUUCCCACGGCGACCUCAGCUCGCCGGCGUCAGCGUUGGCGAUGGUCUCUGGAGACGGCUUCCUUGUUUCCAGGCCCGAGGCAGUUCAUCUAGAACCUCGGCAGGCUUUGCGACCAGGCGUUCGGGCCGAGAGCCGUCGAGGGAAUGGCGGGGGCCGGAGCCGGAGCCGCCACGGCCGACUCUCACCCUACCCGAUACCUGACGUUAAAUCCGAUCUCUUAAGAAGUGUGCUGCAACAGCGUUUGAUUGCAUUAGGAGGUGUCAUCGCAGCUCGACUUUAAGUUUAAACGAACUCCUUUCUUCUGGCCCUCAAUUAGCUUGUAAACACGCCUCUUUAAAAUCCUUUGUUGGUGUAGCAGCAAUCGUGUUGUCUUAUUUUUAGAUGGAUUUAUUUUCAUUUAAUAUAAUACGUGGGAGUUAUAUGAAUAUAUCCUAGCACUAACGGAAGUGUAACAGUUGAUUGAUUCAGGUGGUUUUAUGCAGCCAGAAUGAUCGGAUCAGGGAAGGGGGUGGGUGGAAGGGAUUUUCUUUUUUCUUUUUUUCUCUUUAUUUAUUUUUUCUUUUUUUCAAAACGGAGUUUCACCAUAUUGGUCAGGCUGGUCUCAAACUCCAAACCUCAGGUGAUCCGCCCGCCUCAGCCUCCCAAAGUGGGAUUACAGGCUGGGAUUACAGGCGUGAGCCACCGCGCCCAGCGGGAUUGUCUUAGGUCGUCUCAAAGCUGAGCUGAUGGGACCACCCUCCCCAGAGAACAACAAUCCUUUCAUUCACCUUUUGUUCACAGCUUUCCUGCAAGGAAUCCCAAGAUUCCAGCUUCCUGUCUACCUCUUCAACUCAGACAUUUUACUUUUACUUCUGUUGGCGAAAAAGAAAUGCUCCUUUUUAUUACAGUGACUUAUCCUUCCAUCGUUUCCUCAGCAUUUACCAUCUUCCAUCUCUCCCUUCACUUUUUAUUUCAGAUAUGUCUACAAACUCCAAUCUCAGUCACACUAAAAGUAACAAACCCUACACCUUACUGUUCUUUCAAAUUAUUAAAUCAAUUUACCUUUCUUUCUUUGGCAAAGGUUCCAAAUAAAUAUUUUCCUUAUAUUUGUAA